CCCAAUUGCUCGCCCGUCGUUUUGACUCAGAGCCCGCCCCGCCCUUCUCCGAAGCCGCGCGACGGCCAACUGCCCCCCCGGCCGGGCCACGCACGGUACAUGCGUGCGGGUUACGACAUUCUGCGCACGACAUCUCCCGAACCUCGCGUGUCCAGCUGAUCAACACAUUUCUCCUCGGUCGCUUCAAUGACGAGCGGUUAGGCGUUUUCAUCGGCUGGCUCUCCGUUCUUGUUGCUGUUGUUUUCUUCCUCCAUGUCCUCCCCCUCUCUCCCUUGGCUUGGUUGACCUUUUGAGUCUCUUCCCACGGCCCAAUCGGUCAUCCGGAUAUCCUCGCUUCCCACUCGUCUCUGUUGUCCCUCUUCCCGCAAGCAGCAGCACCCCGCAGACACAGACACAGACACGAACACGGACCUUGGUCAUCGCAUCGCAACGCGCCCGUCAGACGCCAUCCCCAGACCACGCCCGCCAUGGCGUGGAGAGCCUCCGAGAGGCUCAUGGACACCAUUAGGCACUAUGCCAAGUUCCCCGCCACCGGUGUGAGCUUGCGCCAGAUGGUGCAGUUUGGCGACAAGCCGUCGACAGGCACUCUGUUCCGUGCCUCGCAGUUUCUGGCCGAGGAGCUGCCCAUUCGCCUCGCCCACCGCGUCCAGGAGCUCGAGGACCUGCCCGACGGCCUCAACGACAUGCCCUCGGUACAAAAGGUCAAGGACUGGUACGCCCAGUCGUUUGAGGAAAUCACACAGCUGCCGAGACCCGAUCUCAGCAGAGACGUCCGCGACCGCUUGAUGAAGCCCACCAAGCACGCCGGCCGUGGCAUCCUGCAACAGCUCUCCGAGGCGACGCCGAAUCCCUCCAUCGACGAGGGCGAGUCCUCGGGCUGGGGCGGCCUGACCAAGAACGGCGGCACAAACGGCAACGGCAAGGCCCGGUCCCUGUCGCGGCGCUACUUUGCCACCGUCGACGAUACGGGCGACUGGCCCCCGGAGCUGCAGCUGUACAACAAGCAAUUCGCGCAGACGCUGCACAAGAUCAAGCGCCGACACGACGGCGUCGUCACCACCAUGGCGCAGGGCAUUCUCGAGUACAAGCGCCGCCGCCAGCGCAUGCAGAUUGAUGGCAGCAUCCAGUCCUUCCUCGACCGCUUCUACAUGUCGCGCAUCGGCAUUCGCAUGCUCAUCGGCCAGCACAUUGCCCUGACGGACCAGAGCCACCACCGCGACCCCACGUACGUCGGCGUCAUUUGCACCAAGACCAACGUCAAGGACCUCGCCCAGGAGGCCAUUGAGAAUGCCCGCUUCGUCUGCGAGGAUCACUACGGCCUCUUUGAGGCACCCCGCAUCCAGCUCGUCUGCAACCCCAACCUCGACUUCAUGUACGUGCCCGGUCACCUGUCUCACAUGCUCUUUGAGACCCUCAAGAACUCUCUGAGAGCCGUCGUCGAGACCCACGGCAUGGACAAGCAAGAGUUUCCCGUCACCAAGGUCAUUGUCGCCGAGGGCAAGGAGGACAUUACCAUCAAGAUCUCGGACGAGGGCGGCGGCAUCCCCAGAAGCGCCAUCCCCCUAGUCUGGACCUACAUGUACACGACUGUCGACCGGACGCCCAACUUGGACCCGGACUUUGACAAGAGCGAUUUCAAGGCCCCAAUGGCCGGCUUUGGGUACGGGCUACCCAUAUCGCGUUUAUACGCGCGCUACUUUGGCGGCGACCUAAAGCUCAUAAGCAUGGAAGGAUACGGCACCGACGUGUACCUGCACCUCAACCGCCUGUCCUCGUCGUCGGAGCCCCUCCAAUAGCAAUUAAACGCCGCCGGGGCACGGUCCCCAUCCCUGAUUCUGCGCAAGCGUCUGAAGCUCCAACGCGAGGUGACGGAGCGGAGACAGGUGGGUGACGCCGAGGCGGUGGUGAAUGCGCCCCCAAGCCAGCUCUUUGAACGCAAGGAGGAUCGCGAGCUGUGAGGACGAGCCUCGGGGGCACAAUUGCAGAUGAGAAGCAAACAGCAACCAGAAAGCCACACGACAUAUAUGCACGCACAUGCGUGCGCAUGCGCAUGCGCACGUGCAACAAGCUGCACGUAGCACGCAGCAUACAGGCAUACACACAUACACACCAUAUAAACUCCAUUUUCACGCGGCAUACACAUACCCGCUACCGAUCUACUACUAUAGUCCAGACAGUGACGGCAGUCAUGGGUGCGGUUCAGCUCAGGGGCGGCGAUCUACCCCUCGUGGACGAUAGACACCCGUCUCUGACAGCCCAAGCCAGCGAAAGAGGAUAUACGCACAGCCCUCUCUUGCUGGGUGCAGUUGAAAGGCCGCCGGAAAACGCGGCGCGCGGCUCUGCAGAAGGAUCGAGACGGAAAGGCAGCCGGAAAUACGAGAGCGGACAUGGCUCCGAUGGCGAGCAAGGGGUUUGCGAGUCCUUGCUACUACUGCGGGUCAAACCCCCAUUGACCGGAUCUUGCACGAACCCAUGCAUGCACACAUACACACGCACGCACGCAUAACGAGAUGGGCGACUACCAGGGCAAACAGCACAUGCGCGGGCGCCAGAGUAUACCAAGAAAGACGACAUGUGCGCGGCGCAAGGAGUCGUUUGGGCGCCCAAUGUACUGUAACAGAAGCUGCUGCGGGAGUCGGUCAGUCAGACGAGCCGCGGAGCCGGGCAGGACAGGGCAGGGCAAGCAGCCUUGAUGGAGCCUUGAGCAUCCACCAGCAGCGGGCGUUGGGAGGCGGGGUUGCCCUCCUUUUUGCGGCCUGCGAGAGAUAUAGGUUGGUUCUAUGUAGCCGACCGUGGGUAGAUGGCGCAGCCUUACGGGCUCGUCCCGUCGGGUUGUGCCCAAAAUGAAUCAAAUGUUUUGAAUGCAGA